AUGAAGUUUCAAAAUAAAAGAAAAAAAAAACAUUUUAUAAAAAAUAAAAAAGGGAAUGAAAAAAAUAAUUCAAAUAAAAAUAUGGACGAUUCAGAAAUCGAAUCUGAUGACAUCCUUUCCUCGCAAGAUUCUGAUAAUAACGUAACCUUGUUAAAUAAGAAGAAAAAAUUAAAUUAUGAUGAAGAAGAUUAUAGUGAUGAUGUUAUAGAUGAUAAUAAAAAUGUAGAUGAAGAGAAUGAUGACAAUGAAUAUGAAAAUGUGUUUAAUAAUCCAGAAGAAAGGAAAAUAUAUCUAGCUAAAAAAUAUUUAAAAGACAUGGGAAUUGAAAGUAGUGAUGAAGAUAAUGAGGAAGAAGAUUCCUCCGAUGAAGGACAAUCCAUAUCUAGUGGAGAAUCACAAAAAUCUUUAGAUGACAAUUUAAGUGACGAUCCUUUUUCUUCUGAUGAAGAAAGUGACAAAAAAAAAAAAAAAAAAAAAGUAAGCAAAGCAUUAAUAGAUAAUGAGAAAUCUCAAAGUAAAAAACAUUUAAUAAAUUUAGGAAAUAAAAUAAAAAUUUUUUAUGAUGAAAAAUUAUCAUCAAAUGUAACAAAUAGGAAUAAUAAAAAUGAAUUAAAAUUAGAAAAACAACAAUGUAAUAAUGAUAUUAAUAUACAUAACAAUAUUCUAUGUGACAAUAAAAAUCUUAUCUUUUAUUAUGGUCAUAAGAAAAGUGUUACUUGUGUAGCUUCACCAGAUUAUAAUUUAUCAUUUGUUGAUCAAUAUGAAUAUAAAAAUGAAUACAAUGUAAACAAGUAUAAUGGAUAUAACAAUGGGAAGUUUUUUUAUCAACACAAUGAAAAUAAUAAUUCAAAUAAUAUUCAUAAUAAUUAUUAUGGUGAUGAAGAGGAUAUAUCGAAUAAUCAUAAUAAGGAUGAUAUUAUUAUGGAACCUAAAUUUUUUGAAAAUACAUCAAUUAAUACUAUAUAUACAGGAGGAAAAGAUGCUUGUAUUAUUGAGUGGGAUAUUAUUAAAGGAGAAAAGGUCCAUAUUUAUAAAGGAAAUAAAAAUUCAUUUACAAACUUUGGAAAUAAAAAUAGUAUAAGUCAUUUUAAAAGUGUUAUGGAUAUUUAUUGUAAUAAAUAUAAUUCUUUUUUUAUAUCUGUUGGAAGUGAUAAUUUAAUUAAUGUAUGGGAUAAUCGUAUAAAUAAAAAAUGUACAAAUUCAAUUAUUGGUCAUAAAAAUAUAAUCAGUGGUAUAGUUGGAUGUAAUAACAAUAUAGAAGAGUUACAUAUGGACCAUAAUUUCUUUACUUCAUCUUAUGAUAAAACUAUUAAAUUAUGGGAUUUAAGAUUUUUUGAUAAAUGCAUAAAUACAUAUUUAGGUCAUACAAAUAAUAUACUUACCAUGAAUUCUAUUGAUCAAAAUAAAUUAAUAACAUCAUCUAAUGAUUAUACAUUACGUGUUUGGAAUACGAAAAAUGAUAAUCAUAUAUUAUUUAAUAUUAAUUAUGAAAUUAUUGAAUCGUGUUGUACACUUAAUAAUAAAAUAUUCAUUGCUGGAACAUUCUCAGGACAUAUUUAUAUUUUUAACUCUUCUUAUAAAAAACCAAUUUGUAUACAACAAAAUGCACACAACUCCUUUUCUAUAACAUCGCUUAUAAGUAUCCCCUAUACAAAUAUUUUUAUUUCUGGAUCUUAUGAUGGCUAUGUACACUUUUGGCAAUUUAAAAAUAUGAACAAAAUUUCAGCUAGUGUUCAGAAAAUUAUGACUGUUCAGGUAAAUGGUACAGUAAAUAAAUUUUCAUUUGCACACAAUUAUAGGUAUUUAUAUAUAGCUAUAGGGAAUGAAAUGCGUCAUGGCAGUUGGACAAAGACAAAAAAUAAAAAUGGGCUAGCCAUUAUACCACUACAUUUUUUAGCAUAG